GAUUACAGUCAACACCUGUAGAUUCUGAUGCAAUGGGUUCUGGAAAAUUGGACUUGGGGAUUAUCUUCCUCACUCAGACUGCAGUUGAGAUUCUGGAAAAUUCCUCCCUCCUUGGUUUAUAUAACUUCUCCUUGCUUGCUGGACACAAGUUGAGAACCACAGACCUGAUUCUCAACCAGCUGGUCUUAGCCAACGACCUGGUCCUUUUCUCCAAAGGGAUUCCUCAAACAAUGGUGGCUUUUAAUUUAAAGUAUUUUCUGGAUGAUGCUGGAUGUAAAUGUAUGUUUUAUUUUCACAAAGUGGGCAUAGGGGCUUCCUUCAGCACUAUCUGUCUCCUCAAUGGCUUUCAGGCCUUUAAGCUGAACCCCAACAUUUGUAGGUGGAUGGAGCUCAAGAUUAGAUUACCAAAGUGCAUUGUUUUCUGCUGUUUCCUCUGCUGGAUCCUACACCUCUGGAUAAAUACAUGUCUUCUCACUGAGAUAAGUGGUCCAUUGAAUAGUGAGAACCUUAGUGGGGAAAACAAUUAUGUACCCUAUCAAUGGACAAUGGCAGAGAAAUUAAGCUUGUUAUAUCAGUUGUGUAUUAUUGCUGUAUUGCAUUAUUUCCCCCACUUUCUGAGUUUGGGCUUCAUGGUGUAUGCCAGUGGCUCCAUGGUCCUUGUCCUGCUCAGGCACAAGCAGCGAGUCCAACACAUUCAUAGCAACAGACUUUCCCCCAGACCCUCCCAUGAGGCCAGAGCCACAUACAUCAUCCUGAUUUUGGUAUGCUUCUAUGUUACCUUUUAUUCUGUCUAAAGCAUUUUGACUUUUUGGAUGACUAUAGUUGCAAAUCCAGGAUGGUGGGUGCUGAACAGCUCUGUGCUUGUGUCAUCAUGUUUUCCAGCAUUCAGCCCCUAUGUGCUCAUGGUCAUUGACAUCCGAGUCUCUAAGUUUUCUUUGUCUGCUGGUCAAAGACGAAGUAUUUUUAUAAGCUGAUCACAGGGCUGUGAGUCUGUUCUCUUCAGGCAAUUAAAUCAUUCAUUUCAACAUUUCUUAACAUUUAAUUAACUAUUGUGUGCUAGGAAAUUAUGAUGCUGUGACAGAUAAGGCCAAUACUGCCCCCUGGAUCUUAUCAUGGAGGUAAAAAUGGACAUCACUUCCUGAAGUUAUACAAACGUUACCCACUCUAACUGGAUUAGAAUCGUUAGAGAAGAAGUUCAGGGAAUAUUAAAAUAGUGUAAAAGGAGGAAAUUUUUAAGUUUAGGAAAUUUGGGAAAAUUUCCCAGUUUGGGAACUAUGAAGAUACAUGAAUGUGGUUUUUAUUUUAAGGAUUGAAAGAUAGUGACUUAAUAAAAUAAAACAAAAUGAAAAUAAAUGUGAUAUAAACUAUACAUUAUUCCCUCGGGAAAAUAUUAUUUCUACAACAGCUUUAGUCAAGGAGACAUAUCCAAAAAAAAAUUACUAAGAGCAAUCUCAAAUACUGCCUGUAUUUUUUACUAGAAGUUUUGUGGUUUGGGGUCUUACACUUAAGUCUUUACUCUAUUUUCAGUUUACUCUUGAAUGUAGUAUAAGUAUUAUUUUGUAUGUAUCUGUUCAGUUUUCCUACACUAUUUAUUGAAAAGGCUGUCUUUACCUCAUUUUAUGUUUU